AUGGACGGCCAGAGCGAUACCAUAGGGCAAUCCACUCUUCCUACCUGCACGACACUCUUAGCGUUAGAGUUUGGGGAAUUGAAAAUCCUUAACGACUUAAUCCGCCUACGUGUAGCAGACGCUAUCCAGCAUCCCAUCCUCGCGUAUCCCCAGUCCGAAGAUAGCCCAGUAUCCUAUCGGUCUUACACUGGACAGGACUUAGAUGCUAUGAUCAAUCAAACGAUUGCGAGACUAGAUAGCGAUGGCGUGUCAGAUCUCGACAUAGUCGUUAUAUUCUUAGCUCUAAGUCGACUGGGCUAUACGGUCAUAAUGAUCUCGCCUAGACUAUCUAGUUCGGCGAGCGUUGCCUUGCUGGAGACCGUCGGCUAUGAGACAAUUAUAUAUAGGCGAACGCCUGCGAUCCGCGCAAUAGUGGGCGAUAUCCUGCGGCAGAAGCUCCUGAAAUGUUCUCCGAUACGCUCGUGCUCCGCGAGCAAUAUAGCUAAGAUAUACCCCGUGGCCCUCCCCCGACAACAUAACCCCAAGGACAUCGCCCUGAUUCUCCAUUCCUCGGGAUCCACCGGUAGUCCCAAGCCGAUUUUCCUUUCGCAUCAGGUCCCGGACUCACCACGUUCAGUCCUCUACCUUAGUGCUAUCUUUAUGGCUUGUCCACCGCUUUGCAGGCUAUAUACAUACUUACUGGUAGACCACCCAGGCGGGAUUUCGGUAUUGAAGGCAUGCAAGCUGGUCGCGUACGGAGGCGCACCUUGCCCUAAUAGUCUAGGGGACCGUCUCGUUCUCGAGGGCGUCUAUCUAGGAGGACCGAGGCGGGCUUAUGAGCGCCUCUACGAAUACGUCUAUCUAGCCGGUUAUCCGGCCUUAACGACAUCCAACUCGGAUAAGCCCUAUAGAUCGUUCCAUUCCCAGGACAAGUAUAUCGCUAGGUUGGACGACCGUAUUACCCUCGUCAACAGCGAAAAAAAGGCUAUAUUAACCAGUAUCCCUAGAUCGGCGAAGCGGUCGUCGUGGGGAUUGCGCGCCAAGGAGGCCCCUAACGCACCGCGGCUUCCGGACGCCGAGUUCCUCGAGACAAUCUGGCCUUAUAUCGCGGAGGCUAAUGCUCGGGCAGAGGCCUUUUCUUAG